GCGAGCAGUGGGAUGGUGCGCGCUCCCGCGGUCAAGUGUAAUGUGCACUCGAUUAAAGAGUCGACACACACGGAGUGAAGAUGGCGAUGAGAGCGGCGCUGCGGUGCCUCUCGGCAAACUUUUCCCCCAGACUGCCUCAGCUCUCGGCAGCAGCAGCAGCACCGGCGGCGGCAGCGCAGCUCUCAGCGACUCGGCUGCUGUGGAGGAGCGGCUCCCCGCGGACACUGAGCACGACCUCGGCCCUGUCCUCAGCCCUGAAGUUCACAGAUAAGCAUGAGUGGGUGCGAGUGGAAGGUGGAAUUGGCACAGUUGGUAUCAGCAAUUAUGCUCAGGAAGCUUUAGGAGAUGUGGUAUACUGUGGACUCCCUGAAGUUGGCCAAAGACUUGAACAAUUGGAGGACUUUGGUGCCUUGGAAAGUGUAAAGGCUGCCAGUGAGCUAUACUCACCACUGACGGGGGAAGUGACUGAAGUCAACACAGACCUGACAGAGAAUCCUGCACUUGUGAAUAAAGCCUGCUAUGCAGAGGGGUGGCUAAUCAAGAUGACGAUUGAAAAGCCUGAAGAACUUGAUGGCCUCAUGGAUCAAGCUGCGUAUGAUAAAUUUAUUAAGUCACUUGAAGAAUAAAUUGAUGAAGUCUCUGUGCUGUUUUAUAAUGUAAUUGCAAUCAAAGAAUAGUAGGCAGGGUUACUAACAUCUUGUGUGACACUGUCUAUGGUAUUUAUUUUGAUACUGGACAUGUGCUGUCAAAAUCAUUUUAAAUCCUCAGUAACAUCUUCCACUUAGACAGUUAGGAUUUGUUUAACUAUUAGCCAACCUAAAGAGCUCUUAAUCUCAUGAUCUGUUGGUAUUGUUGCAUUUUUAUCUGGUGAUUUGCUCCAUUUUUAAAUGUGCACAGAUGUGGUAAAAGAACUGGGAAUCACAUUUCAUUAAAUAAAAUUUGGUUCUUACAUUUGAAUUGA